AGCUCUAGAUCAUCGGCGUUUUUUCACGGCGCUAGCUCUCGAGUAGCAGUGGGGAAAAUCUAGAAAAUACGGUUAUGAUGGGAGUUCCUAUUUGUCCGCCAUCCAUAAUUGGGUAGUCAAAUUGCGGUAAGUGAAAUUUCCUAGUGUCUUUUUUUUCCCUUUCCAACUUUUACUUUUUUUCUUCUUCCCCUUUUCUUUUUUCUGCCCUUGUCUUUUGCUUUUUCUAACUCCAUUUCAGCCCUUUCGAUAAAUCUGCAGCUAAAAAACACCACCCCCUUGAAAGGAUCUAUAUACUUGUAUCUAGUGGGUUCACGGAGAGGCAUUUGCCCCCCCCAAGUCAUGGAGUCUGCUUCCGUCCAGAACCAUAGCAUUGGCGACAUCCGAUACUUCUCUAUGAUGACAUGUGCCAAUUGAAAUUCUCGCAGAUGAAACCGGUUUUUGGGGACCUCGUCUCAGGAUCAACAAAACUCACUCACAGGAUUACCCAAAGUUCUCGAGUUUAACCGCUGCCGUGCGCUUCUCGCGUUUAUUCUGACGAUGCCGACAACUCAUCAAUUAUUCAGCGGUAGUCGUCCUGUCCCUUACUUGAACGAUUUUUAGUAUAUGUAUGGUACCUGGUUAUCCCUUUUGGCCCCUCCAUUGUUCCACUUCCCGACUCCUUACUAUACUUUUACGACCUCCGAUUUCCCACCUUGAUAUAUCUUCCUGCUGGGGAUAUGGACGAACGGUGGCUCUCUAAAUGCCUCGACGAGAACAUGACGCGCGGGACUCACGAGAGAGAAGUUUACACCUGGGACAAAUAUAUCAUUAAGAAACGACUGUCUCGCGAUGAGAAUGGCCACAAUGGAUACGUGCCGAUAUAUUCCGCCGUCCAACAACGAGACGAGAACGAGAUUCUAGCCCUGGAGCUCGUGAAAAAGUACACCUCUGUACCUAUUCCGGAAGUGGUCCAUUCUGGAAAUGGGUGCGUCUAUGUUCCGAGUCAGAAGAUAACCUCCACAAGAGCAAUGGCUAACAUAAAAUUUCCAUUUCUAGAUUCACCGUUUUCCAGCGGUUCCCGGGGGUGACCGUGGACGACAAAGAAACCUGGGAAAAGGUUACCCCGAAGCAACGGGAAGCAAUAAAGCUUCAGGUACAAGGCUACAUCAAGGAACUUAUCAAAAUCCCUCACCCAAGCUUCGGAGUCCGAAGCCUCGUGUCGAACGGGAAACUUAUGCACAAUCAAUUACCCAACCCCGGCCCGUUCCCAUCCACGAAAGCUUUUCUAGAAGCUUACAACGGAGAAGACGUCUUUUUUGGAUAUCUGAUCCAGCAAAUAGACCCAGACAGCACUCCGGUGUUUUCACAUUUCGACUGGGCUCUCUCAAACAUAGUCUUGUGCCCGAACAUGGACGCUGUCAGGGGAGUGAUCGAUUGGGAGCGAGCGUGCUUCUUUCCUGAGGCCGGGCGGUGUGUUCACCAGAUGUGCUACAAGCUACCUGGCUGGGGGACGCUGUUUGAUGGUAUGGAGUUUCCAAAAGACGUAGGUGGCGGAGACGGCCGAGAAGGUACGGCCGAGUGAUGGAUAAAGCAACGGUACCUGUUGAUGUUCGAAGGCGGGAUUUAGGAUUGCCUCUUCUGUUUUGCUUUUUUUUUUUUUUUUUACCUUGGUAAAAA